GGCCCUUCAUUAGAUUCUCAUCCACGGGCGACAAUGACUUCAGAAUCCAUGCCGAAGAGCAGUAGCCAAUUGGCGAACAUGAACAACUGACGCCAGUGACGACAGACGAGAGCGGCUAGUCUGUACAGAAUUUCAAAAUUCUGCGCAAAGCAUGGUCAGAGACCGAAUAACUUGCGUCUAUUUUGCAAGACUGUACAGACCAGCCCUCUCGUCCAUUCCAAUGUCUUCACGAAUGCCAAUUUAGAGAAGUGAGAGAACCAGAAAGCGAAUUCUUCCAGUUUCAUGAGUUGGACGUGAGAAUCACACCAAACCUACUAUGAUGUCACACUAAUAUGCUUUUAGUCGGAAGCAUAAAGUAUUUCUUUCAUUUUCAUCUCAUACGGUAGAUUAAGCUCGGCGUUACUCCAAUUUUACUCCAUUACGAUUUCACCUCGGACCUUUCCGUAGAAGCUGUCUGCAUAUUCCUGGCCAGUUUCGACCAGUUUCUGCAUGGGAUCCCUUUUUCUGCAAGUCCUGCUUCACAAAAGGAACUCCACUUUCAAUCCGCGAUCAUUGUGAUAUAUAAACAGCGGGGGACUCACGAUCACAACAGACCACGUCCGAGAAUCUCCACCUCCAUCUCGAUCGAACCGAACGCCUCCCGAUCGCUGCAGCACCAGCGCUAGACAGCUCGAGGGCGCAUUCAGCAUAUCCGGCGAAAUCGAAAGCCGAGAAAUCGGAGGGAAGAAGCAUCCGGUGCAGCGAUCUCGGAGGGGGCGAGAAUGGAGAGCAGCAGGAGGACGAUGAUCGCAGGGAUGUGGAUAGUGUUAGGAUUGCUGGCCUCGACGGCGAUGGCGGUGGAGGCCAAAAAGGGCCCCAAGUACGUGGAGCUCUUCGUGCACGAGAGCCGCAUCCCGCCGGCGACGCUGUUCCUGGUUGCGCCGGUGGCCGGGGCGCUGAGCAACCGACAGGCGGGCAGCAUCCUGGUGAUCGACAACGUUCUGCGCGCGUCCAACGCGUCCGACUCGGAGGUGAUGGGGCGCCAGCUCGGCCAGGUGGCGGUGGGCGGCGACAACCUCACCUUCUUCGUGUCCUAUACCUUCCAGUUCAACGAGGCCUCGGGGCACCCGGGCUCCAUCACCGUCACCGGCAUUCUGCAGUCCGGCACCCUGGUCGUCACCGGCGGCACCGGCACCUUCGCCUUCGUCCGCGGCAUCGCCUUCCCCCAGACCGUGGCCGACACCGGCGCCACCGGCAUCUACAAGUACAACCUCCAGCUCAAGUACUGAAGCGCAGCCGCUGCGAUCAGACCAGAAUCGAAUUCGUGAUCGACCAUAAUCUGCUCGCUUGAUUGCUUGCUUGCGGAGGAGCACCUGGAGGCUGGAUUCAUGGCAGUGUCAUUCAAAGUUGUUUGCAGGGCUCGGAUGUUCCCGGAGUGUCGUGCCACUCGUCUCCUCUCGCCCGGCAGGGGAUUUUUUUCAUUGCUUCCGACGAAUGAUGGAGCUCGAUCCAUCUCUCGGAACUCAUGUGUUCGAGUUCCGGAGAGUGGAAUCUCUUGACGAUAUCGGGCUCCUUCUGAGUAAUAAAGUCCAGUUAGUUGAUGCUCUUUGGGUUUCCAUGGUUGUGACCAUGAUGGAUGAAAUGAAAGUCCUGUCAUAUUGUCGAUCGCUUGCAUCGUCGAUGACGUGCUGAG